AGUGAAGUAAACGCCUUGGGUCGUCUCUUGCAAGAAGAGCAUAUGGUGAUCAUUACUCAUCAUAUUCUUCAUGAUUCUAACAGGGAUGUGCUCUGCCUUCAUCUACAAACUGUGCCAGGAAGUUAGUCAGGGACAGUCAAAUGAUUAAG